GCACGCUUCGUUUUAGCCGCAAACUCCAUCAAAAUACCACCGAUCGAAAUCCCGCAGAAAGCUUUGCCCUGAAAAAAAAAGCCAGUGCGCACCUCGCCUCCUCCCACCUCCACCUCCGCGCAGAUCCCAUCUAACCAUGGCGGCCCCUUCCCGCACCUCCUGGGCCGACGUCGCCGACGCUGAACCGGCCCCUCCCGCUCCCGUUCCAGCGGCGGCGCCCGCCACAUCCAACGGCCCCGCGCGUGCCGACCGCUCCUCCUACGUUCCUCCCCACCUCCGCAACCGCUCCUCCUCCACCGCGCCUCCGGUGUCCUCCGCUCCUCCCCCCCGCGCCGCGCCCGGCCUCCUCGGCCGCCCCACCGUCGGCGCCGGUGGGAGGUUCGGGGGAGGCGGGGCCCCACCUCGUAGGUGGGACCGGGAGCCCAACCCUUUCGGGGACGAGGAGGAGGUGCUGGCGGAGCCUGUGCCCUUCGACGAGCACCAGAACACGGGGAUCAACUUUGAAGCGUACGAAGACAUCCCCGUAGAGACCAGCGGCCGGGAAGUUCCGCCCGCCGUGGGCACGUUCGCGGAGAUCGACCUCGGCGCCGCGCUCAACGACAACAUUCGCCGGUGCAAGUACGUGCGGCCCACGCCCGUGCAGCGCCAUGCCAUCCCGAUCUCUCUGGCUGGGCGAGAUCUCAUGGCUUGCGCGCAGACUGGAUCGGGGAAAACGGCCGCCUUCUGCUUCCCCAUCAUCAGCGGCAUCAUGCGGGGCCCGCCCGUGCAGCGGUCACAACGGGGCGGGAGUAGGACCGCCUGCCCGCUUGCCCUCAUCCUGUCGCCCACAAGAGAGCUGUCAAUGCAGAUUCAUGAAGAGGCCAGAAAAUUUUCAUAUCAGACUGGUGUCAGGGUAGUGGUUGCAUAUGGCGGGGCGCCUAUUACCCAGCAGUUGAGAGAUCUUGAGAGGGGUGUUGACAUUCUUGUGGCUACCCCUGGUCGUUUGGUUGAUUUACUGGAAAGGGCAAGAGUAUCCUUACAGUCGAUUAGAUACCUUGCCCUUGAUGAGGCAGAUAGAAUGCUGGAUAUGGGGUUUGAGCCGCAAGUUCGGAGAAUUGUUGAGCAAAUGGAUAUGCCUCCACGAGGUGUCAGGCAGACGUUAUUGUUUAGCGCCACGUUCCCGGGAGAAAUCCAGAAAAUGGCAUCUGACUUUCUGGAGAACUACAUAUUCCUGGCUGUUGGAAGGGUCGGGUCAAGUACUGAGUUGAUUGCCCAGAGAGUUGAGUUUGUACAGGAGGCAGAUAAAAGAAGUCACUUGAUGGAUCUGCUCCAUGCGCAAAGAGACAGUUCUGAUCAAGGGAAGCAAGCUCUCACACUUGUCUUCGUGGAGACCAAAAGGGGUGCCGACUCACUGGAAAACUGGUUGUGUACGAAUGGAUUUCCAGCGACUUCUAUUCAUGGUGAUAGAAAUCAGCAGGAAAGAGAACAUGCUUUGAGAUCCUUCAAGAGUGGUCAAACUCCAAUUCUUGUUGCAACUGAUGUGGCGGCCCGGGGCCUCGACAUUCCUCAUGUUGCCCAUGUUGUGAACUUUGAUCUCCCCAAUGAUAUUGAUGACUAUGUACACAGGAUUGGUCGUACAGGGAGGGCAGGAAAAAGUGGAAUUGCGACUGCUUUCUUCAAUGACAACAACUCUUCAAUGGCAAAGUCUCUAGCUGACCUAAUGCAAGAAUCUAAUCAGGAGGUACCUGCGUGGCUCACUCGCUAUGCAGCUCGCCCAUCUUAUGGUGGUGGUGGUGGAAAGAACAGACGUGGUGCCGGAGGAGGGAGCCGCUUUGGUGGCCGUGACUUCCGUAGGGAAUCUUCUUCCUUUGGCAAGGGUGGUGGCGCCAGUGACUAUGCUGGAGGCAGCAGCUAUGGGGGCGGUGGCUAUGGUGGUGCUGGAGCUCCCAGUGCCUGGGAUUAAUGUUGCAGUCGUUCCUGUAGGGUCUAUCAAGUUUAGUUUGCUUUACUCUAGCUUCUUAUUAGAUAUACAUUUUUGGUAGGAGCAGAUAUACAGCGACAGCACUAGUGAACUGUGUCGGACCCCUUCUUUUCUUCUGGUUACAACCGAAGUAAUCUUAUCUUACAGAUAUCUGUUAUGGAGAGCGUCUUUGAGGACUUUCAGGCACACACCAAGGUUCGCAGCUAGGAAUAUGAUUUCUAGACUGAAUUACUUGUUAGGGAUAAUAGUAGCUGGUGUUGGUAGACUGACAUUUAGCGCUUGAUGUGGAAUUUCUGUCUUCGCAUUUCCUUGGUCUAUGUCUCAUUUUGGGUUGGUUGUAGAGCUUGUAAUGAGGGUGCUUAUGUGGCUUGAUUUUGGUCCCAGAUUUGACUUUUGAUACCCAGGUUGAGGUAGUCCUUACUCCUUUAAAUCCUGUUGUAAUGUAUAUACUGUGAGGUCAGGCUGGAACGAAUAAGAACAAGUUAUUAGUCUUUA